UUUCAUAUUUUCAAACAACGAAUGCGCAACUUUGAAGUCGGGUGCGGACCUAACCAGCCGAGUACCCGUCCGUCGCCUUCCCUCCCUCCGCCUAUUGUCUCACACCUUCUCUGAGAACGAACCAGAAAACAACAGAGAGCGAGACAUUUACAAGCCUCAGUUCGAUGUGCAGUUAACGAACACCACCGUCGAAAUUCUCUUCCGCCUCUCAAUUUCCCUCUCAUUCGAUUUGGUUUCCAUCGACAAACGGUUAUGUCCCUCCGUUUUUGCUUCCAGCUGUUCGGUUCUUUAAUUUCUCAUUGAGCAACCCUAAAUUCGUCGAACGGUCAUUGAAAUUCCAUGGACGAGGGAAUUUUUAGCGGCGGCGCCGGUGUUGGAACUCGCACUGUCAAUGGUGGUUCCGGCGAUACGUCGAGAGCUUCUUCUUCGUUACUAAAAUCGGGGGACCGGAAAAUGUUCACUGUGGAGCUCCGACCUGGAGAGACCACCAUAGUUUCGUGGAAGAAGCUUGUCAAAGACGCCAACAAGGUUAAUGGACUCAACACUGUGCCUGAGCCUCCAGCCAACCCCAACCCUGCCGUCGAGUGCCCCAUUGAUCCGGGACAACCAAUUGAAGAAGAAAUGAAAGAUGCAACGGCACCAAAUCGUUUUAACGCUGUUAUUGAGAAGAUUGAACGCCUAUAUAUGGGUAAGGAUAGUAGUGACGAGGAAGAUUUAAUUCCAUAUGAUGAUCAGUAUGAUACAGAGGAUUCAUUCAUUGAUGAUGCUGAGUUGGAUGAAUAUUUUGAAGUUGAUGACUCGGCCAUAAAACAUGAUGGAUUUUUCGUUAAUAGGGGGAAAUUGGAGCGCAUUAGUGAACCGUCUGGACAACCUAAUCAACAGUUGAAGAAAAGACGCAGAAAAGAUUUAGAGAAAGGUCAUCCUGAAAACCAUGAUGGUCGUUCAUCAAAUAAGCAUACAAAAGUGGGAAAGACAACUACGGGAAAGAGUGCACUGAUGGUUGCAAAAAGUUUUUCUAAUCUGUCUCAAAACAUGGCGAUUACGCAUGAACGUCUUGAAGAUGAAAAAUUUCAGAAUCAAUUGAAUACACCUGAACAUUGUUCCAAAAAAAAAUCUGGUGAUACAAAAAUGAUGUUGGACCCUUCUCCUUCUUCCAAAAUUUAUAAUGGCAAUACAGUUACAUCUGUAGCAGAAGCGAAGGACACUGAUCCUCCAAAGCCUGGGGUCUUCCCAUCCAAGAACCUUGGUAGCAAAUCAAAAGAGUCAUGUGGAACAGCUGAUUCUUUACAACAGAACAUACUUGAGAAAAGUGCACAUGUGCCAUCCCAACCUGGGAGACCAUUGAAUAGCAGAGAUGAGAUAGAUGAGAUAGAUUCGUCGAUUCAGAUGAAAGAGAAACAUGGCAUUCGUGAAUUCCCAGACGUUAAUCUGCCAGAGGGCAAGUAUUCCAUGCAAACAGCAAAAACACCAAAUGUGCACAAAAAGGAUGGAUCUAGUGUUAGACCAAAAAGCUCCUUGCUAGAAAAAGCUAUAAGAGAGUUAGAGAAGAUGGUUGCAGAAUCUAGGCCACCGCUUACGGAAAAUCCAGAGGCAGACAAUUCAUCUCAGGCUAUAAAAAGGAGAUUGCCUAGAGAAAUCAAACUCAAGCUUGCUAAAGUUGCCAGAUUAGCGGCAAGCCAUGGGAAAUUGUCAAAGGGGUUGAUUAACCGACUUAUGAGUAUUCUUGGUCACUUGAUACAACUGCGAACUUUGAAGAGAAAUUUAAAACUCAUGGUCAACAUGGGUAUCUCAGUAAACGAGGAGAAGGAUGAUAGGUUCCGACAGAUAAAGAAAGAAGUUAUCGAGAUGAUUAAACUCCGCCCUUUGUCCAUGGAGUCUAAGGCAAUCGAACAACAAGGUGGAGCACCUCACGUUAUCCGUGAACUUGUUUCGGAAGAAAAAGGAGUUCCGAGAAAAAAGUUUGUUAUGGAUCCUUCAUUGGAGGACAAGAUUUGUGAUCUUUACGAUCUGUUUGUUGAUGGACUGGAUGAGGAUGCUGGUCCACAAAUCAGAAAGUUGUACGCUGAGCUUGCAGAAUUGUGGCCAAAUGGGUUCAUGGAUAAUCAUGGGAUCAAACGUGCGAUAUGUAGGGCAAAAGAGAGGCGGGGAGCGUUGCAUGGCAGACAUAAGGACCAAGAGAGAGUCAAGAGGAAAAAGAUAUUACCACCUGGAGUAGAUGAGACCAUUAGAACUGAGGUCGGUUCAGUUACUCAGCCACAGUACGCCCGAGAGCGAUUAGCCUCGGAAUCAGGUUUACAGCCAUCCCUAGCAACCAAGCCUGCAUCUGUUUCGACAGUUACAAUGGCCCAGCUACCGAAUCCUUCCAUGAGUGUUGAAAAUUUAGACAGGCUAAAAUCCGAGAAGUUGAAGGGAAGCUCAAGCAGUUCCUACGAUGAUACGAGAAUGUUUGAUGGUGCGUUAACCAAGAAAAAGACAAAGAGAAAGGCAGAGCUGGAGUUUGAUGAAACUCAUAAUCGACCCGAAAAGGCGUCAAUCCAAUAUGGAGAUGAAAGACAGAAGUCCACGAACAAGCCUACCGCCAGUCUUCCUCUUAAGGCAAACACUCAAUCAGCUGCUCCUAAAAGUCUGGAACAGUCGAGCUAACAUGAUACUACUUCUCAUGAGUCUAAUCUACACCAUAAUAAUUUCCAUCACACAUCGCCACUCCACUCCAUCCCACAGAAUUUCUC